AUGCCGAGGCCCAUUAUUGGAGUAGGGCAUAGUAUGGGUGCGACGCAGCUAGCUCUCUUAUCGCUGGUGCAUCCCCGCCUGUUCACUUCCCUGGUCCUCAUUGAACCAGCCAUUCUACCAACAAACUUGCCCUUAAAAUUAUAUGCGUUCCUCACACUUAAGAGACGGGACACCUGGCCAUCUAAAUCCGAAGCCCUUAAAUCAUCCACCAAGUCAUACGCACGAUGGGAUUCUCGUGUCCUGAAGCGGUGGAAUGAGCAUGGAUACCGCAGUCUACAAAAGGCCGUUUCCCCACAGACAGAUGGAGAAACCAAACCCAUUGACGGACCAGUCACUUUGACCAGCUCAAUCUAUCAAGAGUCUAUGCUCUACCUUCGACCAAACUUCAUGGGGCACACUACUUCAGCACUAGCAGACUCCACCGAAGCGCCUCCGCAUGACCCUCUUAUGUACCCCGAUAUUAUCGACCCUCCCCACCUAUCUACGCCCUUUUAUCGAAGCGAGGUACGUGUUGCGUUCCUCAUGCUAGAGCAUAUCCGACCAUCAGUUUUCUAUUUGUUUGGCGAGGAGAGCCAGGUAUCAACACCAGAGGAUCAAGCUCAAAUUCUCGAGAGGACAGGUGCAGGAAUUGGGGGAAGCGGCGGAGUGACACAUUCCCAAGUUAAGAAAACAGUUCUGUCACACUGUGGUCAUACGGUUCCGAUGGAGGAUGUGACUAGAAGUGCUUCUCUUAUUGGGGCAUGGGUUGGCCAGUCUGUGCAGAGGUGGCAGAAAGACGAACUGCGAGUCCACCAGAAAUGGACUAAUCAGUCAACAAGGGAGGUGCUAACUGCGCCGGCUAAAUGGAGGCCCAUGCUAGAGGAGGAGGCUUUCAAGUCCCAAUUGCGGAAAGAGAAAGAGAGGUCGAAGAUCUAG